UACCCCUAAUCCCAAUCCAACUCACACACACUCCCUCUUUUUCUUUCCUUCACAAUCACUCCUAUCUUUGGUUUCAAACCUUUCAACUUCCACAUUUCAACCACAACACAACACAUACAUAAUCCAUAACCAAACAUUUACCACUAUUACUUCACACUUUUUUUUUUUACCUUAAACACAUAAACAAGAACACUUUGGUUUGAAUUUGGUAGCUACAACACACACUACAAUACAACACAACACAAGUACAACAAACCAAACCAAACCAUAGAAGACUUUGUCUCAUCUCAUCCAACUUGGAAUUCCACCUCAUCUCUUUUUUCUUAACGCCAUGAAAACAGUAUUCAGUAUGUGAUUUUUCUUACACAAGUAGCUGUUCAAGUUGAUCUUAGAAUCUCAACAGAUAUCAUUACUUGAUCCUUGGUGUUUUUGUUUCGUGCGUCGAGCCGUGUUUCUAAACUGAUUUUUAUGGGGACUAAGGAGGAUAGUACAACUAAGCCUUCUAAAUUAUCUAGUUCAACUCAAGAGGUACCAGUACCAACUGUACCGCCAUCGUAUCCAGAUUGGUCAAGCUCCAUGCAGGCUUACUAUAAUCCUGGAGCUGCUCCGCCUCCUUAUUAUGCCUCGACUGUUGCUUCCCCGACCCCCCAUCCGUAUAUGUGGGGAGGCCAGCAUCCUUUAAUGGCGCCAUAUGGUACUCCAGUUCCGUAUCCAGCUAUGUACCCUCCUGGGAGUAUCUAUGCUCAUCCUAGCAUGGUAGUGACUCCGGGUGCUGUGCACCAAACUACGGAGUUUGAAGGGAAGGGACCUGAUGGAAAGGAUAAAGAUUCAUCGAAAAAAUCAAAGGGAAAUUCUGCAAAUGCAUGUGCCAAAGCAGGAGAGAGUGGAAAAGCAGGCUCGGGUUCAGGCAAUGAUGGCUUUUCACAAAGUGGUGAAAGUGGUUCAGAGGGUUCAUCGAAUGGUAGUGACGAGAACCAACAGGAAUCAGCUAGAAACAAGAAGGGAGGUUUUGACCUCAUGCUUGUUGAUGGAGCCAACGCACAGAACAAUACCGCCGGAGCCAUUUCUCAAUCACCGGUUCCUGGAAACCCUGUUGUCUCGAUGCCUGCAACUAAUCUUAAUAUGGGAAUGGACUUAUGGAAUGCAUCUUCUGCUAGUGCCGAAGCCGCAAAAAUGCGACACAAUCAAUCUGGUGCUCAUGGGGCCGGUGGACAUGGUGAACAAUGGAUGCAGCAGGAUGACCGUGAGCUGAAAAGGCAGAAGAGAAAACAGUCGAAUCGGGAGUCGGCUAGGAGGUCAAGGCUGCGCAAGCAGGCUGAAUGUGAAGAGCUACAAAAGAGGGUGGAGGCAUUGGGAGGUGAGAAUCAAACUCUCAGAGAUGAGCUUCAGAAACUUUCUGAAGAAUGCGAAAAGCUUACAUCUGAAAACAAUUCUAUCAAGGAAGAGUUGGAACGGUUAUGUGGGCCAGAAAUAGUUGCUAACCUUGAAUGAAUGAAACAGAAGAACAGUUCCACAGUGUGAUGUUUGGUGGCAAUAGCAAAAAUUGAUUGACUCCUUGAUUAAGACAAAUCUGCAGCUGGAAUUUUCCAAUCAGUGAACUGGUCUCUUAAUUGAGAAUAGGAUAUAAUGUUUUUUUUUUUUCUCUUCUCUCAUUGUUUAACUAAUAAUUUUUAUACCAUUAACCUUCAACUGUAAUUGCUCUUAUAAUUUACACGUAAUUUGUUGUAAUUUGUGCCUAUGCUGGAGAAUAUAAUAUGUAGCUACUGAAAUACUUCUCUUUAGAAUUUAGUUUUGUGACUUA